CGAAGAAAAUCUUUAGUAAAUAUCUUACGUUUAUCGCAAGACACUUUAUGAACUUUUACAGAGGGAGCAGGAACUUCAAAUGUGUUUUAUGAUGGGUCAAUGGACGAUGAGAUGAAUGAAAUAAGACAAACCGUUUCACGAUGUUUUAAAGAAUCGAUCAUUAAUAAUAUUCUGAAAAGUUAUCAAUAAUUACUUCAUUAGUGUCUUGAUAAUUACCAAAAACGGAUGCAUUAAUAUGAAAAAAUGAAUGCCAAAUUCCGCAGCAAAAUUCCUUCUUGAAAGGCGGAAUCGUUUCUUCUUCUCCAAAAAAAUGCAAGUUGUCAGAAUUCAAUCGUUUGGUUUCUUCGCUCUUAUGACAGCAAAUUUUAUUCUAUGCAAAGUUGUUAAGGCAGAUUAUUGGCGACAAGUUCGCUGGCCAUGGGCUUACAAUUGGCGGAGUAAUGUCCUAAGAAGACCAAGCAUCACACGUAGCUACGGUUUAGCAAAAAAUAUACAACAUGGAAAGGCUGAUUAUGAAAACCAGGCAGAAAAAAACCAGAAGAAAACAGAAACGAAUCAUUGGACAAACAAAAAAGAUAUCAUUAUUAGAAACACAAUGCUAUGGCCAGAUAGAAAUGUGUACUUCGCUUUUAGCCCAAGCGUUGACAGUGAAAGUCGGCAGGAAGUAAAAUCUGUUUUCCGAGAAUGGGAGGGCAACUCGUGUAUAAAAUUCUUUCCAAGAAGAAUGGAACCACGAUACAUUGAGUUUGCAUACAAUGGAAGAUGUCACGUAGGAAAGCAAAAACCAAAUGCCAAGCAAGUCAUUUCCAUUGGAAGCCAAGGUCGCAUUUGCUCUCGAGGAGCACUGCUCAAAGGCAUAGGACAAGCUGUUGGCGUUCAUAAUCUACCAGACGCCUACAAGCGAUACUUUAGACCGCAGGAAACUAGUCUAUUGGCAGAAGAAGUGAUUCGUCAAGCGACAUAUUUAUAUAAAUGCGAUGAUAUAUCCUCUAAUGACCAAGAUGAAGGAGAUACCCCUCCUGAUCCUUUCUAUCAAACAUGUUUUAACUAUCUCAACGAGCAACGCGCACAGGGAAAUGUUGAGCCCAUAAAGUGGAGAAACGACUUGGCACAAGAAGCUCAGCAAUGGGCCCAAUAUCUUGCUGAUACUAAUUACUUGAUUAAAGAUCCUGCCGCAGAGAACAUGAACGAGGGAGAGUUGAUAAGCUGGUCGAAACCUGCACUCGAUAAAUGCGAAAUGGAAGAGAAUGAAAAGUGUUAUUCUUGUCGUCAAGCUAUCGAUACUUGGUACAAGAAUCAAUGGACAUUAAACAGCAAAAGAACAAAUGGCAUUGAGGACUCGUUCUCCAAGAUAAUUGCAUGGUGGACUAAAGAUGUUGGAUUCGGAAGUGCAGUAAGCAAUAAAUACGGAAGGAUAGUUGUUGCACGAUAUCGACCGAAAAUAAAUCCGGAAGAAGAUUUACAGUCAAUCGGUGUUGAAAAUACAGACGAAAAUGUUUAUGUAAAUCCGACGCAGUUUGAAAUGCAAUCAUACACAACAAGGCCAUCUGACAGUAUGACAGAUUUCACAAAACAUGCUAACGAAUAUGAUUCGAAGCAAUCAGAAGCUGACACAACAGAAGAGCCUGGUUUCUUUGAAAACGAUUGUUUACGAGAGCACAAUAUGAGGCGAAUCAAACACGGAUCCCCUCCUUUGGUGUGGAGUUCAGUAUUACAAAAGCAUGCACAAGAAUGGGCAAACAAACUGGCAGCGAUGGGUACAGUGAAAUCGGAUCCUGAGGCAGAAACACUAAACGAAGAGGGGGAAAAUCUUGGAUGGAUUUUACCCACUAAAGCAAAAUGUGCAUAUGAAGGUCAAACGGAUUGCUACAACUGUGCAAGUAUUGUAAAACAUUGGUACGAUGAAAUGAAGAACUACGAUUUCGAAAACGGAAUGUCUUCAAACCAAAAACCUGUACGACAUUUUGUGCAGAUGAUAUGGAGGAAAACGAAAGAAUUGGGUGUGGCUACAGCUGAAAGUCCAACGCGAGGCUUGAUUUUCGUGGCACGCUACAAUCCGCGUGGAAACGUAGAAUCGUCAAAUAGCUAUGAAGAUGAAGAGGAGUACGAGGACAACGUGAGACCAGAGGGCACAUCUUUAACUAGUUUUGGUGUCAUUGGUGGUGAAGCAGUAAAGCCAAACAUUAUAAGCCUACCACCUGUUAAACGUCCAGGGACGUAUUUGUCUGGUGCUCUUGCAUCAGCUUUCCCAGCAACAACUUCAGCUCCCCCAGUUACACUUACAGUUCCUUCAUCACCUCUAACUCCUACAACAACCAAUACAUCACCUCCAACUUCUACAACAACCGAUGCAUCACCUCCAACUUCUACAACAACCGAAGCAUCACCUCCAACUUCUACAACAACCGAUGCAUCACCUCUAACUUCUACAACAACCAAUUCAUCACCUCCAACUCCUACAACAAACAAUGCAUCACCUGCAACUCCUACAACAACCAAUACAUCACCUCCAACUUCUACAACAACCAAUGCAUCACCUCCAACUUCUACAACAACCGAUGCAUCACCUGCAACUCCUACAACAACCAAUGCAUCACCUCCAACUUCUACAACAACCAAUGCAUCACCUCCAACUUCUACAACAACCGAUGCAUCACCUGCAACUUCUACAACAAACGAUGCAUCACCUGCAACUUCUACAACAACCAGUGCAUCAUCUCUAACUCCUGCAACAACCAAUGCAUCACCUACAACAAACGAUGCUUCACCUCCAACUCCUACAACAAACGAUGCAUCAUCUCCAAUUCCUACGAUAACCGAUGCAUCACCUGCAACUCCGACUAUAACUGAUGCAUCACCUACAACUCCAAAUAUCGAUUUGCCUACAACAGCCCCACUUUACCAAACAUUACCUAGUCUCGUUUCAAACGCAUACUUUCCACCAAAUGGAGCAGCAUAUACUCCUCUACUCGGUGAUGCUUUGAUAGGAGUUCAACCACAAAUCAUAGGUGGGAAGCCUGAUGCAUUUGUCCAGGGCUGUAUUGAUGCUCACAACAACUACAGACAAAGGCACGGAGCACCUCCAUUAACGUGGAAUGUGGAUCUACAGAUUAGAGCUCAGGCAUGGGCGGAUCAGAUGGCUACAACAGGCAUCCUCUCCCACGAUAUGAAAGGAAUAAAUAAAUUUAACGACGGAGAAAAUAUCGGCUUUAAUAAAAGUGAAAUAUAUAAACCAUUAUGCCAAGGAGUUCGCUCUCCAAAUUGCUACCAUUGUAGCGAAACGGUAGAUUUGUGGUAUUCAGAAAACCAAAACUACGAUUAUCAGCGAGCGACAAGCACCAAUGGCAGAACAUAUCUUCACUUCACCCAGCUUGAAUGGAUGGAGACAAGUAAAAUGGGUGUCGGCGUAGGAGUACGUAAGGUCUACGGUUUGAAUUUAAAGACAUCCUUUGAUAUUUACACGGUUGUAAAAUAUUCACCAAGAGGAAAUUAUGGAUAUACCGAUGACUAUUUGAAGAAUGUAAAGCCAGAAAGAGGAGCGCAAGCAUUCAUGACGUUUAUUCAAAAAACUCGCACGCCAUAUAACUUCAACCGAGAUUGCCUUGCAACCCAUAAUACAUUGCGAGCUCAGCAUGGUGCACCUUUGCUUACAUGGAGUAUCGAGUUAGAGCGCCAUGCCCAAGAAUGGGCAGACAAUCUGGCAAAACGAGACGUUCUUGAGCACGACAGAGUUGGUAUGAAAAAGUACACGGAAGGUGAAAACAUAGCUUGGCUCACGAGUGAAAGAAAAGUCUGUGAGACGGAACUUUCUGGCGACUGCAUACCAUGCAAAAGGAUCGUACUUUCCUGGUACAACGAGGAAGGCAAUUACGACUAUUCAAAAGGGAGAGCAAAAGCACAAGGACUGCCUGUUCUUCAUUUCACUCAGAUCGUAUGGAAAGCAACAACAAAUUUGGGAUUAGCUUCAGCUGUCACCCCGACAAAAAAGGUUUUGUUCGUCGCUCGCUAUACGACACCAGGAAACAGAGGAAACACGCAGGCAUUUUUGGACAAUGUCGAGCCAAAAAGUACUUCUGCAAAUGCUUCAACCAUAACAUUCACAGGUGAUUUUUUCAAAGCCAACAAUGACAUUGAAGGCAACGCUAAAGAUGUUGCCCAACAAGAAACCAUCAAUUUACCGACCAUUACAGCUUCCAUCAUUCGUCCUUAUGAUAUUUCUCAUUCAACACCAACAACGACUUCCGUCAGCAAUUCUUCAACAGUUAAUGAUGUCAGAGAUAACGAUAAAUUUUUUGGUGAAAGGGAUUUUCGGAUGCGCGAAGAUUUUGCAACUUUUCAAAACAAUUUUGCGAAUCUAGAUUACUUUGCAAAUGAUUGCCUUUCGACACACAACGAGCUGCGUGCAAAACAUGGGGCUCCACCAUUGAAAUGGUCACGUGAACUGGCCAAGGAUGCAAGGAACUGGGCCGAAUAUCUGGCGUCCACAAAUAAAAUGGAGCAUGACGCCAAGAUAUAUGGCAAAAAACAUGAAGGUGAAAGCAUUGCCUGGCUUAUUCCGGCCAAGCCGAAAUGUUCACAAGCAGAUGAAAAAAACUGUUUCAUGUGCAGUGAAAUAAUCAAGAAAUGGUACAAGGAGGUGGACAAUUAUGAUUUUACAUUGGGAGCAUCAAAACAUGGAUCAACUGAGCAUUUUGUCCAGAUAGUAUGGAAAAAAACACGCGAAAUAGGAGUAGGAACGGCACUUGGCAACGACUACGGACUCAUCAUUGUCGUAAGAUACGCACCUAAGGGAGGAGAAAGCGAGGAAACGCGAGAGUUUAUUGAUAACGUAAAGCCACAAGUCGUGGAUUGCGAAGAGGACACGAGGAAGAAAGUCAAAUGUAAUCAUUGGAAAAAAAAAGGAUUCUGUGAUAAUUUCAAAGAAAGUAUGAAAUUGAUAUGCCCAGUGACUUGCGCAUUGUGUCCUUCAGAACAUGACAGACAAAUGAAAUACAACGAUUUUUCUGAGAAAGAUGGUAUGGAUGAAUUUGAGAAGGACUGUCUUGAGGCACAUAACGCUUAUCGUACAAAACACGGAGUCCCGCCUUUACAAUGGUCAAGAAAAUUAAAAAACGCUGCUCAGAAAUGGGCAAAUUAUCUUGCUACAAAGGGAGACACAUUGCAACAUGAUGAAGAAAAGCCAAUAGAUCAAGGGGAAAACUUAGUUCACUUUACUCCACCUUCAGAGAAAUGCUACGGAAAAAAAGAGCCCGGAUGCGUACAAUGCCGUGAGAUCGUAAAAGACUGGUACGACGAGGAGCCCGAUUUCGACUUCAGACAAGGACACAGGAAACCCGGUACACAUGUAUUGCAUUUCACCCAGGUCGUCUGGAAAAACACACGAUACGUGGGUGUGGCAACUGCAAAAAACAAAGAUUGGUCAAUAGCAGUAGCAAGAUAUUCACCAAGGGGGAAUGUGAUUGGACAGUUCUGGGAUAAUGUAAACCCUGUAAGUGGCAUGGACAUCAAAAACAUGAACAUGAAUUCAAUUAAAGAUGCUUCUGAGGAAAGUGAGUCCAAGGUUCCAUAUCAAAGAGUUUAUCCUGAAAACAUGGAAGUAAAGUAUUAUGCCAAAAAUUCUCCAUACAGUGACGGCAAGGUGACCAUAGUUGUAGAUAAGUCACCAGCCUACGAUGAUGGACGAGUUCGGGGAACAGGUCCUUAUACGGUAUUGUCAUACGGUCUAGACGAUGACAGUUUUACAAACGAUGUCUUAAAGCGUGAUGGGAAAUUUGAAAAAAAGUUGACUCCAAUUCGACGUAUAAGUAAGAGGAAAGUUCAUGAUGAAAAAGGACGAUGAAAACUCCAUUUUGAAAAAAGAAGAAAAAUGGUCGAAAAAAAUGUGAGGAGAGUUUGAUGAUGAUUACGAAAAGCAUUUUGUCAAAACUGACUUCGAUGGAAAACAUCGCGUCCACCAAAGGUCCACCAUUGUUAUUUUUCUUACAAAGAAGUCUUUCAUAAAAAAUCUUUCAAUUCGUGCAAUGAUCAUGAUCUAUCGUAAAAGAACUGCAUGGUCAUAAAACAGAGCGACCAUCGUGGCAUUUUGUACAUUUGUCUAUAGCAUCAAUAUAAAGUAUACCACAACAGCAAAUACCAAAUUACUUUACGCAACUAAACCUCAGUGAUAUAUAUCAUACAUACUUAUAGAGUAUUUUCUCAGAAGUUUAUGAAGCGUAUUUUAUUCCUACAGUGAGCGCAACAGUUUCUUUCGUAGAACUUCUAGCAAAAUUAGAUGUUUAGAUAAUUUUAAAACUUUGUUCAAUACUAUAAAUAAAUAAGAUGAAUAAUCAAUCAACAAUA